AUGCUAAACUAUUCUGGGGAGGAUAGGAUCAACGUUGCUGCAUCGGUAGAGUUUAUACACAAUGCUACUUUACUUCAUGAUGACGUGCUCGAUGAAAGUGAGGCACGCCAUGGAGUUAAAACAGCGAAUAAGUUUUCGGGGAAUAAAUCAAGCAUUUUAGUUGGUGAUCUAUUGUUGACUCUAGCGUUUAGAUGGCUUAUAGAGUGUGUAAAUUUAAACAUUCUCUCUAUUUUAUCUAAAGCAUCGCAUUUACGUGUUAAGGGUGAAAUAAAACAGAUGACAACACGUUUUGACCCACACAUAGUCAGGGAAAAUUAUUUUGAUAUCAAUGGAGAAAAGACAGCAUCUUUAUUUUCUGCAUGCAGUGAAGCUGCAUCUACAGUAUCAGGUGCAACAAAUGACGAAACAGAGAGGCUAAAGAAUUUUGGUUUUAAUUUUGGUAUGGUAUUUCAAAUAGUUGAUGAUAUGCUCGAUUAUACUGCUAAUCAAGGCACUGCUGGAAAACAAGUCGGAAAAGACUUUUUCGAAGGUAAAGCCACCUUACCUGCUAUUAUAGCAUACGAAAAGGGCAGUCCAGCAGAGCAAAACUUCUGGGAAAAAUGCUUUUCUUCAGCUAGACACAAUUUUGACCAAGCAUUACACUAUAUUAAUCACCAUAAUGCCAUUCAGCUUUCUAUGGAAAAAGCUAGAUACUACAUUAAUAUGGCACUAAAUGAUAUUAGUACUUUUCCUGAUUCCUUUUAUAAAAUUACUUUAAUUGACUUUCUAAAUGCGAGCAUAGAAAGACAAAUGUAG